AUGAACAUCUUUCGGCUUGCAGGAGACUUUGCGCACCUCGCAUCGAUCUUCAUCCUGCUCCACAAGAUGCAGCUCUCCAAAUCGUGUCGCGGCAUCUCGUUCAAGACGCAGCUGCUGUACACGGUCGUAUUCGUGACGAGGUAUAUGGAUCUCUUCCACGAAAACUCGCUCUACCGCUUCCUCAUGAAGCUCUUCUUUAUUGGGUCCAGCGUUUACGUGCUCUACUUGAUGAAGGUCAAGUUUAGGCCCACGCACGAUCCCGCCAUCGACACGAUCAAGCUCGAGUAUCUUAUGGGCCCCUGCUUUGUACUCGCAUUGCUCUUCCAUUAUCGGUUCGACUUUGUCGAGAUUCUCUGGACCUUCAGCAUCUAUCUCGAAGCAGUGGCGAUUUUGCCCCAGCUGUUUAUGCUCCAGAGGACAGGAGAGGCAGAAGCGAUCACCACGCAUUACAUCUUUGCUCUCGGCGCCUACCGCGCGCUUUACAUCCCCAACUGGCUUUACAGCUAA